UAUCAUCAAAUUUCACUUUAAUUAUAAUGAAUAAUUGUAUAAUUCCUUUAGAUUUGACUAAAAUUUCAAAUAGCUUUUGAUUGAUUUGUUUCUCUUGUCGUUUUUUCUUGGUUGACCUUUGAGCCAUGUUUAAGAAAAGGGGAAUAAUUUACUUGUUAAUCUUUAAUUUGUUGUUUAGGUGCUUAGUUUUUGGUAAAAAGGUUUGUUUCUUUGGCUUAUAUGACUACAACAUAGUCUGGGUUUGUUCUAAAUAUGUUUGGAUUUUUUAUUUUUACUAAUUUUUCAUGCUUAAUUUAUAUGAAAAAGUGUUUAUGUAUGCGACUUUUGAUCUCAUAAGUUGAAUAUGAUUAUUAUUAAGGGAUUCAAAGAGUUUUUUUUACUAAUUUUUAAUUCUUAAUUUAUAAUAAAAAAAGUGAGAGAAAUUCGAAAAAAUAGCUCAGAUAAAAAAAUUUUGGGAUUGAAGCAUUGUGAUUGUCGCAUUAUUUUUGUACCGGUAAUUUAUUUUUAUAUAUGACUUUUGAUCUCAUAAGCUGAAUGUGAUUAUUAUCUAGGGAAUCAAAGAGUGCACUUUUGAGGCCUUGAAAAAAGGCAGAUUUUUAAGGCAAUUGUUACUGAUUAUUUUAAGUUCCAAAAAAUGCCAAAGGAUAGAAGAGUUGGUUCCUUAACUUUUGAUCGCUCUAGGGUAUCUCCUUACCCAUGUAGUUCCAGGGAUGCCAAGCAAUGUCAACAUGAGAAUCCAUUGGGAUUGGGAUUUGCAUCACCCGAUUAUGUUAAAGAGUUGGAGGAUGUAAGGUGCCCCAUCUGCAUGGAACACCCGCACAAUGCAGUUCUUUUGCGGUGUUCUUCCUUUGAGAAGGGUUGUCGCCCUUUCAUGUGCAAUACAAGUUACCGCCAUUCUAAUUGUCUUGACCAGUUUUGUAAGUCAUUAGUGUCAUCUCCUUCUACGGCUGCGCUACAGGAAAUUCCUUUGGGAAAUGUGACUUCUAGUAGAUGGAGGGAUCCAUUGCCCUUUUAUGAUCAGACUGAGGCUGGUAGUGAUCUACAGCCGAAGCUUCUUUGUCCUCUCUGUCGAGGAGAGAUUUAUGGCUGGAGUGUGGUAGAACCAGCUCGUGAGUUUAUGAAUUCCAAAUCCAGGAGUUGUUCUUCUGCAACAUGUGAUUUCAGUGGGACUUACAGUGAACUCAGGAAACAUGCUAGAUCUGAUCAUCCUUUGGUUCGACCAACAGAAGUGGACUUGGAACGACAGCGUGAUUGGACUAGUUUGGAGCGUGAAAGGGAUUAUGAGGACAUGCUUAGCUCAAUCCAACCAGUUGCUAGGGAUGAAAGUAAUGGAGAAAGCAUUUCAAGUCUCUUUCAUACUUUGUUGAGUUUACAUCUUGCGUACUUGAGACUUGCACUUGAGGUCAUUAGUGAUUCAAUAAACAUGGAACAAGUUCAAUUUAGGAGGAGAUCAGGAAGUAGGAGAUGGUUUAGGUAUGAUCUAGAGUAUGAUCAUGGUGCUAGAGAGCGCAUUAGUUCUGUAUCAGAUAGAGCUUUCCUCGGUCACCACAACAAUCCUUCACCAGUAGAGAGAUUUCGAGGUAGAAACCACAGCUCACAGGGCAUGCUUCAGUGGAGGCAUCGCAGUUCACCAUCAGAGAGAUUUUUACGAGGAAGGCGCCGGAGUUUGCAAGCUAACAGAACGCAUCGUGGCCGAUUGCGAUGGCGAGCACAAAGAUGGUCUACAUUUGAUAACGGGCAGUGAUUGUAGGACAUUUAUGUGUCUCCCAGAUGGAAACAAAAGCAGGAGGCGAGGGUAGUUUAGGUCUAUUAGGUUAGGUUCGGAAGUAAAAAGUGAGAAGUCAUUGUUAUCCCCUUUUUAAAUCACAGAAUUAAUGCUUAAUGUUUAAUGUUUAAGAACAUCAAUUUCUUCUUUGGAAAUGUUAUUUAUUUUCAAGAAUUAUAUCUUUUUUGCUUGUGAUUUAUAUGUUCAAUGUGUUCAUUGUGAAUGCUUAAUGUGAUUGGAAAGAAUCAUAGCAAUCAGGGGUUAACCAACACCUGAUCAAAAGUGGCAUUGUUGUUGAUCAAUCAACCCUUGUUUCUUGCCGAAAAUGUGAAAUGUAACUUUUUGAGCUAAUUUACACCCUUAUCACGGAAAUUUAACUUUUUGUCACUCUUCUCCCUUAACUUUUAAUGAUGCAAAUUUAAUCCUCGAAGUUUUAAAAUUUAUCAAUUAAAACAUUUUGUUUGUUAA